GCGUCUUUCUUUGCGUUCGUCGCGUUUGCAGUUUGCAGAUUGAGUCAAAAAGUAGUGCAAGUCAGCAGGGAGUCGUCCGAAUUCCCAACUUUUUCCCCCGUGCAGGAAGCUAGGAAUUCCUUGUUUCACCGGUAAGUGUAAUUCCUGCCGCGCCUGGAACACGAAGCCUUCGGGCGGACGGUAAAUGUCGGGACCAAAAAGCUAACGCGGAACAGAAAAAGUGCCCAAAAGAAGGAGUGCCGUCAUCUCGGAGUUGUGGAAAGAAAAAAAACGACACCAAGAAAAACGAAGGAGCAGGAAGCCAGAAAAGUGGUCUGCGGCGAUAACCUGCCUUUACGAGAGGGCAACAAGCAAACAGAAGACGGAUUACGACCUCCGGAGGAAUAGCGCUGACUAGAAGAGUGAGCUGAGCAGUGAGCAGUAACUUUCCGGGACCGUUGUCAGAAUCUCCUCUGGUGCUGGGCAUCGUCGUUUUCGUCGUCGAUUAACCUGCGAGCCCUUUAGCACUCUCUGCCUGCCCUUCCUGAGAUAGUAGCAGCGAGUAGUUGCCGUAAUAGAGCGCUAAUCUAAUCAGGAAUGCGUACUGACGGUUCAUCAUAGCGCUACUAGCUGCUAGUGGCCCCAACAGUAUUAAGCGGCCGGGAUUCUCACCGAAAUUAACGUGAAUCAAGUGACACACAGAAGAAGUAUUAAUAUCAGCAUCAGCAUCAGUAGAGCUUCGCUUCGACUUCGGUAUGCUGUUAUUUUGGUAGAUAGGCGUUCCCGAGUACGUUAUCAGUAACCAGAAAGACUCGGAACCGUGACGACGUCUGCUGCUCGGCGUAUCGUCAUGUGGCACCAGGAUUGAAAAGAAAAAAGUUUCAAUUAUUACUCACCCGAAGAAGACGGGCGGAUAAUUAUCGCGUUGCGUGCGUGUGUACUUUUAAAGAAUCAAUAUUCGAACGAAAUAUGAGUGAUUGUUCUCUGCCGAGACAGGUUGAUCCGAAUAAUAUACAGAUCUAUAGUUUGUAAGUGUAAAAAGUGCUCGAAUCAAAUCACGGUCGGAAGUCGUAGUAGUGAAAUACGGUAACAGAGAAGACCAGGUGUGUAGCUUCUCCCAAUCACAUCCCACUAAGGAAUCUACAGAGUACAAUCAUGAUAAAACAAUGCCAGCAGCGAUGAUCACCAUUGUGCACUGUUUGGCCAUAGGGAUAUUAAUCUUUUGGUGCGGGAAAUGGAUCGUCCAUCUGAUGGCCAUCACGUACGGGAAGCUGAAGCUGCACAAGAAGACCACCUCGGCGACACAGCCUCGUGAAACGCCUUAUCCAUCGGUGUCCAUUCUGAAGCCCCUGAUGGGCAUGGAUCCGAAUUUGUCCAGCAAUUUGGAGACAUUCUUCCUCAUGGACUACCCCACGUACGAGUUGCUAUUCUGCGUUGAAUCAUCCGACGAUCCCGCAAUUGAUGUGGUCAAUCGACUGCGGGAAAAGUAUCCCAAUAUCGAGACAACGCUCCUACUCGGGGGGUCCAACGUCGGAGUGAACCCAAAGGUGAACAACCUUUACCCGGGCUAUUUGGUGGCCAAAUACGAGCUGAUAAUGAUUUCAGACGCCGGAAUUCGCAUGAAAUCCGACACACUCACCGAUAUGGUGAAUCACAUGACCGAUCGGGUCGGUUUGGUGCAUCAGAUGCCGUUCGUGUGUGACCGCGAGGGAUUCGCGGCCGCCUUCGAGAAGAUCUACUUCGGGACUGUCCAAUCCAGGAUUUACCUUUGUGCCGAUCUGCUCGGCAUCAACUGCCACACGGGCAUGUCCUGUCUUAUGCGGAAAGACGUCCUCGAUGAGCUCGGAGGAAUCCAAUCGUUCGGGUGCUAUCUCGCGGAGGACUUCUUCCUGGCCAAAGGCUUCCACGACGCCGGCUGGAAGCUUACCAUCAGCAGUCAGCCUGCCUGGCAAAAUUCCGGCAUUUGUGAUAUUAGCAGCUUUCAGGCACGACUCACUCGAUGGGCCAAACUACGUGUCGCCAUGGUCCCUACGACCAUCCUGUUGGAACCUCUGUCCGAGUGCAUCAUAGUCGGAAUGUUUGCCUGCUGGGCAGCGAAGAUACUAUUCCGGUGGAAUCCACUCGUGUUUUUCCUCAUCCACACCCUGUUCUGGUUCCUGUCGGACUGGAUCCUACUGUCAAUCAUCCAGAAUGGUUCGUUACCAUUCAACAAGUUCACCUUCUUCGUGGGGUGGGCCUUCCGGGAGCUUAGCGGGCCGUACCUGUUCUUCAACGCCCUCUGGAACCCGGCCAUCAGAUGGCGAACGAGGGUCUACAAGCUGGCAUGGGGUGGAAUUGCGUACGAGUUAACCUCCCAGAUCAAGUCGUAGCUUUAACACCCUACGAACACAAACACACACUCAUCUAACUAUUUUUUUUUUUCGUUUUCGUGUUAAUCAAUGUAUAAAGUUUAAUUUAUAAACCAAACCAUACAACAUAAGGAUAUACCUAUUUUCGAGAAACUUUUACCAUUUUCGUGGGAAGUUCGUUUUAGCGUUUAAGCAAAAAGGAUUCCAAAAGCAGCAACGAUCGAAUCAUGAUGGUUUUUUUUUCUGUUAAAUUUUCUUCUUUAGUUUGUUUUCAUCUUUUGUGUAAAUAUUUAAUACAUCUUCAGAAAACAACAGUGUUAUUUACUUACCUAAAAAUGGGUCCACGAUGUGUCUGGAAGCGUUAUAAACACGUACCUACGGUUCUGAAGAUAUGGUAUUAUUGCAUCUUCUCCGUGAAUUUAGACAUGUAUCAAUGAGAGUAAUGGAAGUGAUUUGAAGUUAUAGAGCCAUUUUCAACGGAUAUGUUUAUGCCUGCGGAAAGAUCCCGAUCAUUCACUUUUGAAAUACAUGUCAUGUAACUAUCAAAUUCACAUCCAACUUUUAAAAGAUGUUAUAUCUUUCCUGUGAAUUUGAAGAAAUUAGUGGAUUGAAAUCGUUGAUAUUCGCGCAAGAUUUAUCCAAAAGCUCGGAUUAUAGUGUCCAUUCCGGAACAAACAAUCCCAGAAUUUGAAAUGUUUUGAAAUUUUGCGCAUCCCGUUCCGAUUAUCUCGGGAUUUCAGAGAUUAUUUUAAAACUUAACAUAAACCACAAUGUUUCAAUGUAAUUCAAUUCCAAUUCAAUCAACAACAAUUUUUCCAAGACUCAAAAUCAACUCGAUGAAAUAGAAAAUGUCUCAAAGAUUAGAGAAUACCUAAAUAGUUAUUUUCAACUAAAGAGAUCAUUAAAACUGAAAACUACCUAACUGUAUUAGUCUAGAUCAGUGAUGCUCAGGCUCAUUUUUCAAUCGCGUGUAUUUCUGGCCGAAGACAGUUAUCCGAAUGUAUCAGUAUCAUGGUAUUUAAGGAUAGUAUAGGUAGUAUGUACGAAGUUUGUCAUAUUCAGAAGAUCCAGAUGGCCACCACGGGUUUAGAUGAUUCAUUUUGAUAACUUUUCGAGUUUUAACUUUGAAUUUUCAAUUUGACCAUCUUAAUCUCACAACUCAAAUGUUUAUCAAACUGACUUAAAGA